UCUUGGAGCGUCGGUGAUGGUGGCAAGCGGUGGCUUUCCCGCCUGAGCGGAGGCAGCCUGGGGCCUGUGGCGGGGGGACGCGCUUGCCGAGACCAGCAUGUUUUGGAAAUUUGAUCUCCAUUCGUCAUCCCACAUAGAUACGCUUCUAGAGAGAGAAGAUGUAACACUGAAGGAAUUGAUGGAUGAAGAGGAUGUUCUGCAAGAGUGCAAGGCUCAGAAUCGCAAACUUAUAGAGUUUUUGCUGAAGUCAGAAUGUUUGGAAGACUUAGUUUCAUUUAUUAUCGAAGAGCCACCUCAAGACAUGGAUGAAAAAAUUCGAUAUAAAUACCCAAACAUAUCGUGUGAGCUGCUUACAUCAGAUGUCUCACAGAUCAAUGAUAGGCUGGGAGAAGAAGAAUCCUUACUUAUGAAACUGUACAGCUUCCUCUUAAAUGAAUCUCCUCUAAACCCUUUACUGGCCAGUUUCUUCAGCAAGGUGCUAAGUAUUCUUAUAAGCAGAAAACCAGAACAGAUUGUGGAUUUUUUAAAGAGGAAACAUGAUUUUGUAGACCUCAUUAUGAAGCACAUAGGGACCUCUGCUAUCAUGGACUUACUGCUCAGGCUACUGACUUGCAUAGAACCUCCACAGCCCCGGCAAGAAGUGUUAAAUUGGCUAAAUGAGGAGAGAAUUAUCCAGCGGCUUGUGGAAAUCGUACAUCCAUCUCAAGAUGAAGAUAGGCAUUCAAAUGCAUCACAGUCACUGUGUGAAAUUAUUCGUCUAAGCAGAGACCAGAUGUUACAAGUACAGAACAGUUCAGAACCAGAUCCACUGCUUGCAAGUCUAGAGAAACAAGAAAUCAUAGAGCAGCUGCUGUCUAAUAUUUUUCAUAAAGAAAAAAAUGAAUCUGCAAUAGUCAGUGCAAUCCAAAUACUAUUGACCUUACUUGAGACAAGACGACAGACAUUUGAAGGCCAUAUAGAGAUCUGUCCUCCAGGCAUGAGCAAUUCAACAUACUUGGUCAACAAAAGUGUUUUAGAAGCCAUAAAAGCACGACUUUCAUCCUUCCAUGAACUCCUACUUGAGCCUCCAAAAAAAAGUGUUAUGAAGACAACCUGGGGUGUAUUGGAUCCACCUGUGGGAAACACACGUUUAAAUGUGAUUAGAUUAAUAUCUAGCCUUUUACAGACGAAUACAAGCAGUGUGAAUCAGGAGCUUAUAGAGCUUAACAGCAUAGGAGUAAUACUGGACAUGUUCUUUAAGUACACAUGGAAUAACUUUUUGCAUACGCAAGUAGAAAUCUGUAUUGCAUUGAUUCUUGCAAGUCCUCUUGAAAGCACAGAAAAUGGCACAAUUACAGAUCAGGAUUCCACUGGGGACAAUCUCUUACUGAAACAUCUCUUCCUUAAGUGCCAAUUAAUAGAACGAAUACUUGAAGCAUGGGAGAUGAAUGAGAAGAAACAGGCUGAAGGAGGAAGACGGCAUGGCUAUAUGGGUCAUCUGACAAGGAUAGCAAACUGUAUUGUGCAUAGUACGGAUAAGGGGCCAAACAGUACACUAGUCCAGCAGCUCAUCAAAGAGCUUCCAGAGGAGGUCAGAGAGCGAUGGGAGACAUUCUGCACAAGCUCUUUAGGAGAAACUAACAAGAGGAAUACAGUGGACCUGGUUACUACCUGCCACAUUCAUUCUUCCAGUGAUGAUGAAAUUGACUUUAAAGAAACUGGCUUCUCACAGGAUUCUUCUUUGCAGCAGGCCUUUUCUGAUUAUCAGAUGCAACAAAUGACGUCCAAUUUUAUUGACCAGUUUGGCUUCAACGAUGAGAAGUUUGCUGAUCAAGAUGACAUCGGCAAUGUUUCUUUUGAUCGGGUCUCAGACAUCAACUUCACCCUCAAUACGAAUGAAAGUGGCAAUAUAGCCUUGUUUGAGGCAUGCUGUAAGGAGCGGAUACAGCAAUUUGAUGAUGGUGGCUCUGAUGAAGACGACAUUUGGGAAGAAAAACAUAUUGCAUUUACACCAGAGUCCCAGAGGCGUUCCAGUUCGGGCAGUACAGACAGUGAAGAAAGUACAGAUUCUGAAGAAGAGGACGGAACAAAGCAAGACUUGUUUGAAUCGCACACCAAUACGGAGGACAAAAUGGAAGUAGACUUAAGUGAACCACCAAACUGGUCAGCUAACUUUGAUGUACCUAUGGAGACUGCACAUGGUGCCAAUCUGGAUUCCGUUGGGUCUGAUGUGUGGAGUACAGAAGAACCUAUGCCAGCAAAAGAAACUGGCUGGGCUUCCUUUUCAGAGUUCACAUCCUCUUUGAGCUCAAAAGAUUCCUUAAGAAGUAAUUCUCCUGUGGAAAUGGAAACAAACACAGACCCAAUUGAUCCCUUGAGUGCAAAUGUAACUGCUCUUGCAACACAGCUAGACACCCCAGGAAGUGUUGCUAUGGAGGCCAGCUCAGAUGGAGAGGAUGAUGUAGAAAACACAGACAAGGUAACUGAAACAGUAAUGAACGGCAGCAUGAAGGAGACACUGAGCCUUACUGUAGAUGCUAAAACUGAAACAGCUGUUUUCAAAAGUGAGGAAGGAAAAUUGUCUACCUCGCAGGAUGCUUCUUGUAAAUAUGUAGUAGAAGAGAAUGCAGAGAUUGCAGAAGAGGCUUCUUCAGCUCUGCAGCCUGCUAACAGCAGUCCAGAACAGAGGACUGAUCAACACACCCAUUUAGGAGAGGCGUCUGUUAAUGGCCCUGUAUGAUAUGUGAUGUCUACUACCUUGGCUGAAGAAAAUGAACUGAUAUCCAGGUGUUUGAGUGUUUGUUGAGGAUUUCAUCUAGACCCUGUUGAAGCCAGUCACUGCUGCACUAAUUUCGCAAGGGAUCAGGACCAGCAACAUUUAUAUUCUAGAUUUUAAGACAUUGUACAGAAAUUCAUAAGUGUAAAAAUAUUGCACAUUGAGAAAUACCAAUAAUUUUUGCGUAUGUUUAUAUUGUAUUGUUCUAAAUAACGGGUGGCCUGUGAAAUAAGAUCCUGCUACCCAUGUAAUGAUGACAGUAGUGUUACUAUAGUUAAAAUGGCUGUAAGAAUAGUUUUAUAAAAAAGUGAAUACACAAAUCUAAUGUAUUUGAGACAUAACUAUUUGACGAUUAGUGUGACCAAAGUAUUUAGCAGUUUUCAUACAUUUUUCACCUUGUAAAAAGAAAAGAAAAAAAUGAAUUCAUGUUUCUUCUGAAACUGAAAUGCCCUAUAAAUGUUAUUUUGGUUGUUUUAGCUUACAACAGUGAUUUAAAUAAGAAUUUUUUGGUGUUCAACAUUUUACAACAGGUUUUUUAAUUGGUAAUUGUUUUCUGUAUUGUUUAAAACAGAUCAAAAAUGUAAGUCUAUUGGUAGAGAUUUUAAGUAUUUAUUGCUACAACUUAGUUGACAAAUUGAUGUUACUGUAAAGCCAUAUGUUCUGUUAAGUCUUGUUUGCUUGAAACAAUACCUUACAGGUGAAACACUAGACUAUUUGAAGUGCACAUGGCUUGUUGUGUUUAAGUGAUUCACCUGCCUUUUAACCCAUUCACCAAGAUUUAGUUUAAUACCAAGCAUUAUACAAUGGAACAUUUCAGAACAAUCUGCGUAUUUAAAACGCUAUAAUCCUUUUAGACAAGUCAAGUAAAUGAAAUGCCCCUGCUGCUAAUGUAAUUGCAGUACGUGCAUUUUAAAAGUAUAUAGUGUUUUUAAUACAAAUUUUGGCAGCAGAGCAUGUUAAUUGUUACUUUCACUGUACUGAUCUGUGUGAGGCUAUCAUUUGUAUGUUCUAAACCAGCUUUUUCACAGCUGGUUUGUGUAUAUAUAUAUAGUGAUUAUGGAAACUAAUUCUGUGUAAUUUAUAAUUUUCUAUGUCAGUGUAAAACUCCAACAGCCUUCUCAAACAAACAGAAGCAAUAUACUGUAUAUUGCCACAUUGUCUGGUGAAAGGGUUAAAGUACUUCACCUCCUGCACUUUUAGAUGCAAAUCCAUUUUUGUUUUUGUAAUAGUUAUAUUCAUUUAUUUUUUACAUCAUUUGUUUUCCUGACCAGUAUUUAAAGGCAAAAGGAUACUCUAAACAAUGGCCAAUGAUUUAUUUUAGAAGGCGUCCCAAGCAACGUGCCUCAACAUUACAUUGCAUACAGAAAUAAAAAACCCCACAUAUGUAUAACAGCAUUGCCCUUACUGCUUCCUCUCUUGCAUUUUCUGCAGCCAAUUUCAGUGGUACUUGUCAUUGCAAAUUGUUACAAACUGAUCAUUUGUGUGAAAAUGGAGGGAAAAACCACAGUGCCAUAGGUGGAAUUGGUAGCUAUGGUUGCCCUUUUAUGUGUACUUUAUAAAUGAUGGAAUCCAGUCAGUUUCUAAGUAGUUCCUUCUUCAGUUCAGAAUUACUUCCAGAUCAGCUUGACCAAAAAUGUUUUGCAUAUUAGCUUUAAGGUUGGCAGCUGUCCUUUUAUCGCUUUCUGAUCUGUUAUUGAACAAGCAGUUUUGGAAACAAAACCCACUCAUUUCAACACAUGAAUUGCAAUCCAGGUAGAAAUGCCAAAUACAGGAGAGCAGUGUGUUGGCUUACAUAAGCUUGAUGCUUAUAAGGAAUAAAACUUGUGUCCUUUCCAGUGGAGCUAUUUGUCCCUUGCUAACAAGUUGAAUUAACUAGCUACAUAGCCAUGAAAAGUGAAGGAGAUAUUGGCAGCAAAUUAGUUGAAACUUAUUUCAGCCCUGUUGCCUCUGGUUCAGCAAAGUCUUCUAGUAUGUUUUCCUUCCUUCUGUUAAUGAACUGUCAUAUCAGUCUGCUAUCCAGUUCAAACUGAGCUCAAAAUUGAAAAGGGGGAGUAUUUUGUCCCUCUUCCCUCCGUUCCUGGUUGGUAGUAUCAGUUGAAUGGAGGUGUGAGAAGUGGUGGUGAGUGGAAUUCACCCUUCAGUGUAGUUUGCCUUCUAAUUAAAGGGUGCAGUAGAGGUAAACUAAGCUGGCUUACCUAAUGGUGAUUCUGGUGGUCUUGAGGGUUCUUCCUUACUACUGCAUUUAGGCUUACGAAGGCUUAUUAGGCUUAUUACAUAGGCUUAUGAAGGUUUGAACAUACUUGGAGAGUUCUUCUGAAUGGCUGUGUUAUCCAACCUGUUUAAUCAAAUUUGACUUGCAUGCAGUGGAAUUUGAGUCAUCUUUAUUAAAAGAUAUUUUAAUGCAUUUGUGAGAUGGACUAAAGUCUAAUACCUUUGUACAGGUUUGACUUCCUACAGUGUAUUUAGCAGCAGUUAGGAUGAAAUAAGCUUGCUUUGAAUGGCUCGUACUGAAUAUAUGCAUUGCCACAUUUCACAGUGCUCUUUGAAAUGGCUAGAGGCUCAGUCACUUGAAACUGAGGAAUAGUGAUGUCAGUUGGUAUCAAAGGGCAAUAGAUUUAAUCCUCAGCACUUCUCUGGUAAAGGAUUUUUACUCGAGCAAGAGCAUGUUGUAAAAGUGGCUGGAUCAGCAAUAUAUGUAGUAGCUCAUUGCCUCUUCAGACCUGUGUCUCUGUUACCUGGCAGAGUGGAUGAAUCAUGCCUUCUUGACCAGUUAAACCAUUAUUUUUAAGUGUAAGCCUUGUACUAGAUUUUAUAGCAAGAUUAUUCCAUUUAAGUAAAAGUGUAAGCUGUCAUCUUGACUAACAUAAUAUUAAUUAAGCAAGCAUUCCCCCUGUUCAGUGAGUUGACAGGUUGUCACUGAGAAGACAACAGGAUAGUUGAAACAAUCUCAUUGUAUCAUUGUAAAUGCAACCCAGUGUGACCACACUCUUGAGUGAAACCUACCUUCUUGUUCCUGUUAAGCCUUGUAUCUACCUCUUGAAACCAGGGAGUUCUGUUUUGUCAUCUGCAUAGUCCUGUGGAAGCUUACUGUGACAUUCUUUGUGUGAAAUCCACUGAGGAGUUAUGAAAGACUUAGGAGGAAGAUGAAUCAGGUUGUUACUAUUGUUCAUUAUAAACUUAUCUUCCUGUUUAAAUUAGCUUUAAUUUCCUUGGAGAUUGUUCUGUUUUCUGACAUAUGUCUUAUACAGUUAUAUCAGGAAGUAUUUAUUGUAUAUAACUGAUGGCUCUAUUAAUAUACUUAAUCACUUCCGACUGUCUCAGA